UGAAUGGUUAAAGAGAUGAAGAAGGGACGGAGAAAGACCAAGAUAUAGUCCUGGACCUCGCACAAUGCAUGCGCUAACUGUCUACAGUACCGUGCGGGUAGCCGACUGAAGAAUGUAGAACGAAGGGCAUGAUUCCUUAAAUUCACCCGUGACAGCUAGAGAGAAUUUUCCAACCAGUGUUCGACUUGACAGUACCAUUACAUCGCGUUGCCUAUGAUAGGCUACUCCCAGCUAAACAUCGCUUAUCCUGCACGGCAUUAGUAAUGUGCGCCCUUCAGCAUUACACGCACACUUCUUUCUUCCUAUAGAAAGGCCUUGGUCAAGGCCGUCUCCUCAGGCACCAGCCCAAAGAUACGCGAGGAAAUUCACUUUUCCAACCUGCCUCGAUUUCAUUCAACCCACCCAUACUCAAACGAGCUAGCGCCAACAAUUAUGAAAGCACUCGUGCUCGCAGCAGAAGCUCGAACAGCGUAUAUUCGCGAUAUACCGCAGCCGGUACCUUCGUCAACCGAGUUGCUUAUCCGGGUAAGAGCCAUAGCGCUCAACCCUAUCGACCCACUAUACGUUACGCAUCCACUGGGCAGCUCCGGUCGCACCGUUGGGAGCGACUUCGCUGGAGUCAUGGUCGAAGCAGGCUGCAAUGUUCCCGUGGAGGCGAGCCUUUGCGUCGGCGAUGAGGUUGGAGGGUUUUUGCAGGGUGCUUGCAGCGUCAAUGACCGAUCAGGUGCAUUCGCAGAAUUUGUCGUCGCGCCGUGGGAUCUAGUCUGGAGAAUACCUAAGCCAGUCACCAUCGAGCAGGCUGCUGGUGUGAGCCUCGUAGCCCUCACGGCCGCGCAAGCGAUAUGGUACCGGCUGGGCCUGCAAGCUCCGUUCGCUUACGAUCGCGACCAGGCCUUUCAAGAGCACCCAGACUGGAGGGCCAAACACAACGAAGCGGAUGGGCCGUGUGCAACCAACGUUCUCAUCUACGGCGCAUCGACGUCAGUGGCACUAUAUGCUGCGCAGAUGGUACGACUCAGCGCCGAAUCCAGCGGUAAGGCUAUCAGAUUGUACGGCGUCGCUAGCAAAGCUCGAUGGGAGUUUCUCAAAACGGAGCCCUACGGCUACAAUGCUCUCGUGGACUAUCGAGACCUCCAUUGGCUGGAGCGGAUCAGAGAGCUCACAGGAGGUGUUGGCAUCCAUUAUGCAUUUGAUUGCAUCUCUGAGGCCAUUGUCCGAUCUCGCGAAGGUGGAGCUUGGAAGGCGCCUAACAUUUCGGUGGAGCCAAGUUACGGCGCGGUGUGGGAAGGUUUGGGCGAAGAGGUUCAAUACCAAGGCUUCACGGUGCGACGAUCACCAGCUGCUCGUGGGUUUGCGGUGGCGUUCUAUGCGUGGCUCAGCGCGUGUAUGGGUUCCGAGCUGAGUUCAAAUCCGAUCAGAUUGAUGCCGGGUGGCCUAGAGAGUGUAGUUCAGGAUGGCUUCCAGUUACUUGGUGUGGGUGGUAUGGAGGAGAGACGAAUUGUCCGCGCUGAACCAUGGAUGCGACCUGUCAGUGCUGAGAAGCUCGUCUAUGGUAUCUAA